AUGUUGAGCAAAGUUACUCAAUCCAUUUCAAGAAUGUUUGCUGGUGGCGAUUCACCCACCAACGACAACAAUACAGAAGAGGAGAGACCUGUGGUCAAUGAAGCUAAAAAACGAAAGGUAUCUGUAGCAUAUGGAAAAGAUCUCAAUGUCAAAAAGUUAGUCGAUGGUUUAGCUUAUUCACACGACCAAGCAAAGAGUAUGAAAGACAAAAAGCUUGUUUUACUCUUGGGUGAUACUGGUGUUGGAAAAUCCACCUUCUGUUGUGCGUUGAUCUCCAGACAAGUUCAAUUUAGAUAUUCAGGAGUACAUGUCCAACCUUCAGUGCCUGCAGGUACCAGUAGUGCUGAUUUUCCAAAAGUUGGAAUGACAGGUAGUUCUGAAACCUUGUUUUGUCAAGCGUAUGAAAUUGACGGUUUUCCCAUGCUUUAUGUUUGUGACUGUCCUGGUUCAUUCGAUAACAGACCAAUUGAAGAAUGUAUUACUUCAAAAAUUAGCUUUAAACAAACAAUUCUCGAAUCUCAAGGAAUUGCUGCCAUUGUUGUGAUGUUCAAUGCGAACGAAUUCUUUACAAAAGGAGCUGGAAUUCAAACCAAUUUGGCUAUUGUUUCGAAUGUACUGAGAGAUUUCGAUGAUGAAGCAUUCAAGUCAGUCAUUUUCUUAUUUAACAGAUUACAUCAUCAUGCCGGUCUGAUCCACUGUACUCCCGAAGAAAAGAAGGAAUUUUUGAUGCAAGAAAUUUUAAAGCAACAGAAAGUGUAUGAACGAGAUAGUGAGAUUUGUCGAUUGUUAAAGGUCAUGAUGGACAAUCAGGAUAACGUUGUCAUUAUGAAUGAAGAAAAUGUCCAAGAAACAAGAAGAGCAGUUCUUGACAAAAUUGAUGUACAAAACCUUAUUGAUAAGUCUCAAUUCCAAUUUGAAUUCAAGAAUGAUGAAAAGUAUCGUAGGGCAGUGAAAUCAUUGCAAGAACAUACUAUUCAACUCAAGGAUGAAGGAGAAGCUUAUAACGACCACUUUAAGAAGGUACUAAUGGUCAAGUACGAAAAGGAGGAAGUGGAAAAGGAAAUCUCUAAUUUAGAAAGUUCUUUACAAAAAGAUACUGUUGACUUUUCUCGAAGAAAGAAAGCGUACGAAACUGCUCUCAAAGCUCUAACCAAAGACAAAGAAAAGGAAAUGGCGACCUAUCAAUCCAGAAUGGAGGAGAUAGAUGGAGAAAUUUCUCUUCUAAAAAGCGAGUUGAAUUUGUUGGAUACUUCAGAAAAAGUUGUGGUUGGACAUUUAAGCUACAGAGAUUGGAAUUAUUUACUACGAAUGAUUUCUGUCAAUUAUGAUCUCAGAUUUGACACUUUUUCUGAAAAUCCUGUUGAAGCUGUCGAACACUUCCAAAAUGGAGUUUUUAAACCAAAAGAAAAGCACAAUCCAAGCAAGGGCGUCUAUCAUAAGAAUUAUUCUAUUACAUGGAGCCAGAAGGCAGAUUUUGACGUGGAAUUAAGACAACAAAAACGACACGUCUUGGAAAACAGUAUGAGAAUCCAAGAAAUUUUGAAAAAACUGAUCCCCAAAAAGCUAAACGAAAAAGAAGGAUAUGAACAACUGUUUAACUCCGCAAAGGCAGCAAGGGACGCUUAUGUUCAAAAGAUGACAAGCGAUAUUAAGACUGUCGAGGAGUUAGAGCAAGCCAUCAAAGCAAAUGAAACAAGACUUCGAGAGACCAUUGAAAAGCGAAAUGAUCUUGUUGAAAAGCUCAAAAAUUUAUUGAGAGAAAGAAUUGUUGCAUUUUGGCUCAAAAAGAAGAACGAAAGGUUAGAAUUGUUUAAUCAGAUGGAACUUGUUAUUACCUACUUUGGACCAGAUUUCAACUUCACCAGCAGGAACGCCUUUAAAGGUGAUUUCAUUGCAACCUUGACAUAUCUUAGAACCGUUGAUUUUGAAUCUUUGAGAAGGGAGGUAUUUGGUGAUGGUAUUGUUCAAGAAAUCCUUGAAUUGCCCUCAGAAACUGUGUUCCUCUCCGAAACAGUAAAAUCAACCAAGAAUGAUCAUACACAAGAAGAAGAAUUGAUGAAUGUGGAUGUUCAAAACUUGGAUCGUAAAGGCUUGGUUAGUUUUCUUGAAAAAUGUAAGCUGGAGGUCACUGAUGAUGAGAGAAACCGGUUGAUCGAUUAUGUAAGGGAGCAAGAAUUUGAUGGUUUUGGUUUUCUUAAAAUUGGAAUGGAAGAGUUAAGUGAAGCAGGUAUCAAAAAAGGGCCUGGUUUUAGAAUCAUGAGCUUCAUUGAAGGGUUUCAUGUUAAAUGUGAAAAAGAACUGUAA